GGGAAGGUGCUCGCAAUUCCCUCUGCACCUCUGCCUUUUAAAUGUAGUGAGAGCCGCCCUCAGCUUAUUUUGUUAUGCUUCUUUUGUUCUUUUGACCAGAAGGUCAACAGCCAACAUUCACUCACAGGUUUGAUGACAUUAGUCAUGGUUUCCCACAUAAUAGGGCGGACUGCAUAAAGGUUGUCCUCUUCAACCCCUCUGCCACGUUGUAGAUAGGGAGCUGAAUCUGACCAUGUGAAUCAUCAUGGGGAUCUUAAAAUCAACAACUUUAUUGUGGCUUUUUGUAUUAGCAGAUAUCUAACAUACAGCUAUCAGCUGAAAUAUAGUGGGAGCAUGAAAACUUAAAAACACUGAAGACUACCCAGAACUUCUCAUCUGUCUACAUCAUCAACUGCACUUGAAAUCACAAAAGCCACUAUGGCCUAAAAGUGUCUGUCUCAUGCUUCUGGAUCUGGCCAGGGAAUGGCAAAAUGUGUGGAUCUCAUCUGCCAUUCCAAACAAACACUUUAUUAAACACCCAACUAGAUGUCGUUUUGGUUUCAAUCUACCACAUAGACUUUGAACUGCUUUGAACCACAUCUGAACAAACUGUGAAAGAUAUGUCUACUUGAACCACAACUGGAAAAUCAGUCGGGUAUGUUCAUGCACAUGUGCACUGUAGCCAGAAGAUUUUUCCCUUAGCAGCAUCCAUCAGGUCAGUCUGGGUGCCCCUGCAAUUACACCUUUGUGAUGCCCAAUAUACAGCCCUGCCAACCUGCCACCCUCUCAGUUCCUUCUUACCACUAGUGACAGUUAGCUGGGACUUCCCUGUGCUCUUGUCUUGACAAGUGCAUUUAGCACCCUAUUUAAAUAGUUCUCCAUUAGUUUUCCAUUAUUCAUUAAUAGUUAGUAGAUUGUUAGUGUUAGACUUUCAACAAUGGGACAUGUGGGGGUCUUUGGACUUCAAGACUAAGUCCAGGAGCAACCCUCACACUUUGUGUCUAAAGUGCUUAUGCGAGGACCAUCAGAAGGAUCAUUGUGCUUAUCUGUAAGACCUUUCGGCCCAGGAUCUUAAAAGAUAGAGAGCACAGCCUGAAGAUCCUGUUAGUGGAGGCAGCAAUCAGCCUUAAACAUCUGGGGCUCAUGGCUGACUGCACCUAUGUGAUGUAGCAUGCCAGACUCAGAAUCCAACCACUCUCUCAUGAUUAGCUUUGGUGUAUCAACUAGCCCAAGACAGCUUGGCCAGGAUGGUGAUUCUGCGUCAUCAAGUUCUCGACUCCCUCCUGUGGUGGCUCAACCUUCAGGAGGCAUGUCUCUGUUGCUAGUGACAGAUGCAUCAGACAUGGGGCACAUCUGAGAGAUUGCAGGACUUAUGAUUUCCAGUAGACCUUGUUCUCCACAUCAGUGUCAGUGCUAAGAGUGGUGUGCCUAGCAUUCCAGGCUUACUUGAUGGGACAUUGUGCAUCAGUCAUGACAGACAAAUACGGGGCAUACACUCCUCUACUCUGUGCCAAGAAGCCCUCAUGCUUCACAUCUCUCCACCUCUUGGCAUGGAUGCGCUGUGGCUGAACCCAGAAGAACACACAUGCUCAGAGAAAGUCCAAAAGGUUUUCCUAGGUAGUAGAAGGCUCUCAACCAGGAUGUCUGGCUUAGCCAAGUGGAGGAGGUUUUCCCGCUAUUGUAACAUGGCAAUUCUGCAAUUAUCCCUCAUAUUCUUCUCUUUAGUCUAUCUUAGAUUGCUUACUGCAACUACGGAAUCGGGCUAGCACACUUUUCCAUCUUGUGCAUCUUGAGGCCAUUUCCACUUUUCACCCAGUAAUCCAGGGCCACAUGGUGUUCGCUCAUGACAUAACAAUGAGGUUUUUGAGAGGGCUCAAUAGGAUCUUCCCCAUAUGUGCAAACCUUUGUUCCUCAGUGGUAUCUUAUGUUGGUCUUCUCUAGGCUCACCAGCUUGCACUUCGACUAACUGGUCUCUUGCUCCCUUUUGCUCCUGGAAGGUUACCUUCUUCAUGACAGUGAUGUUAGACAAUUCUCAGAGAUUAACUCCUUGACCUCAGAGCCACCAUCAAGAUUAUCCAGCAAUAGAAAUAGGGGGGUAAUAUUAUCUCCGAGCAGGGUAUCACCAUUAUUAGAGUGUGUGAGGUUUGCACUUCAAAAAGAAUGGAGACUAUUUUGGAAGUGCUCUACCCGGUCUUUUUUACUGAGAGUGGUGUUUUCCUUUCAUGUGAACCAGGAGCUAUUCCUCCUGGUUUUUUUGUCCCAAACCACACAAAACUAGUGAAGAGAGACAUCUUCACACACUGGAUGUCUGGAUGGCUCUGGCUUUUUACCUGGACAGAACCAAGCCUUUUUCAUAAAUUAUCUCAGCUCUUCAUUGCUAUAGUUGAUGGCAUGAAAGGCCUUCUGAUUUCUUCAGAGGAUUUCUAGCUGGAUCGUCUCUUGCAUAAAGUUCUGUUAUGAGCUUGUAGAGAUUCCACCCAGGGAUGUGAAUGGGUUAACCAGGGGGAGCAACCCACUGCCGGUGGCCCAUAGUGGGUGGAGGGCUGCUUAAGCCCCACAGGGCUCGGGAGCUGAACUCCUACAUGCAGGGGGAGCCAGCAGAGGCAGCUGGUAGCUCCAAGCGGGAUCUCACUUAAUCAGUUAACCCUAAGGUUUAACCAGAUAACUGAUUAACUAGGAUUUUACAUCCUUAGUUCCACCACUGCCAAUUGUCAGCCCAUUUGACUUGAGCACAGGAGUCCUCAGUGACCUUCCUGGACAUCUCUAGUGCCACAAUGUGGUCUUUUAUUCACAUAUUCACAGUGCGCUUUGUGAUCACUCAGCAGGCCAGGGAUGAAGCUGGGUUCAGCUGAGCUAUCUUAAAAUCUAAGUGUCCAUGAACUCCUACCUGCUUCCAUUGGUGCUUGUGACGGGGCAGUAUUGCCCCGCACCACGACUCCCGCCGAGCAGGCGUUGCUCGGCAUCCGGCCAGAAGCCGCCCAGCACUGCACGGCAUGCUCCUGGGCCGCGCCGGGUCUGGCGGGGCCGGCUGAUCCACCGGCGAGGAGCCCGCAGCGCAGCGGCAGGAGCCGGGACAGCGUGGAGGGGUUCGCCGCCCAGGCAGACCCGUGUGCUAGGAAAACAGCGGCGGAGAUGGAUAGCCCCUCCCCUGCCUAAGCGGAUGAUGUCAGGAAAGUUACUUUGACUAUCAGAGGGCACAAUGCAGAAUCCUGGAGCUCUUUCUGAGGAUAAAGAGAAAGCCUCUUCUGGGAUAAUAAGAAGUGGAAACAGUUUUCAGAAUACAAGUCAAUAUAGAACUAUUGCACCAAAGAUGGUACCUAAAGUUAUAACAUCAGAAGUGGUGUCUUGUCUUUCACCUGCUUAUCCUGAACAAACUAAUCCUAUUUCAGCUACAAGCGCUAAACCUCUUAUAAUGCCAAUACAAAACUAUACUCUAAUGCAAGUUGCUGGUCACAAGGGAACUUUUUCUCUUGUAGCUUUGCCACAUAUUACUCCUGCAAUGGCAGCACAACAAAUCCAACAAUCAAACAUGCCCAUUCCUAAAAAUCUCAAACUACCUAUUCCUAGGUACCAAUCUAUAAAAAAUAAAUUGCUGAUUGACAAAACAAUUCAAACGUCUUCUUCAAGUGCAUAUAACAAGAUUCCUACGAUAGCACAAAUUUCGUCAAAGAUACCAGCAACAGGAGAUCUUCCUGAAACUCAUUCUGCUACAGAUUUAUCUGAACAAGUUAUUUUAAUUGAUCGUGGCUCUACUAAAAUUACUGUUGCUACUUUACCCAGGGAAAACAACUGAGAGACAUCUGGAUCUCCUUUACUAAACAAAACAAAAACUGCUGAAGAUAGUAUGUUGGGACCAUCUGUUAUUAAGAAGCCUUUGUCCAACCCAAUGAAUGCAAGUAAUUCUGUAAAAAUAAAUCUACUGAAAUCAACUAUUGAAACCACCAAAGGCUCAGUCAUAAUGUCUGAGAAACUUAAAGAAAAACUGGUGAAUUCUGCAAAUUCUGUCACUGUACUGUCACCAUCAGUAUUAAGCAAUGUAGCUCAAUUGGCUCAGUCCUCACCAAAAGAAAAACUUCCUAUUUUGCCAUAUUCAAGAAUGAAAAAUGCAAUAUUCUAUACAUCUAAACAAAAUUCUAACUCUGUGGCUGCAUCUACUUCUGGGCAAAGAUCUGAAUGUGAAAAAAUACCAUCCUUGGUGAAAACCUUUAAUGUUUCUACCAGAGUUUAUGAUAAACUACUAGCUAUAUCUUUUGCAGAAGUGUCCAAACAAGCCACCUGUGAAAAUACCUUCAGUCCAGCCAAUAAACUGGACGUUGAUAAUCUUAAAAAAUUGAGUGGUAUAGCCUGUAACAGAAGAGGCAGAAAACUAAGAACUCCAGAUGAUAUAUUGGCAUUUCACACCAAAAGAAGAAAGUGUAUCAUUAAUAAAUUUAGAGAGGGUAAAGAGAGAGUAAAAAAUGAUCUCCAGGAGCCAAAGGACAGAAAGACAGAGUCAGUGAAAAAAUAUCGUAGUAUUAGGCCAAAACCUGUAGAUGUUAUGCAGCCUUUAGCUCCACUGAUAUCUCCUGUAGCUAUAAUAGAGACUCAGAUUCCUGACUGUAUAGAACAAGACAUUUUCUUAAAUGAUUCGCUUCCGAAUAAAUAUUUAUGUUAUAAACAGAGUGAUGGAACUUUUGCUAAACCAAAUGAUCCACAUAGAAAUGUAUUUUCUACUAUACCUAAGCCAUGGCAUAAGUGCCAUGUUUGUAACCACAACUUUCAAUUUAAACACCAUCUUCAGGAUCACAUGAACACACACACAAAUAGACGGCCUUAUACUUGUCAAAUAUGCCAUAAAGCAUAUGUUCAUUCAGGGAGCCUAAGCACUCACAUGAAGCUUCAUCACAAAGAAGGUAGACUCAAGAAACGUGUGUGUUGUGAAUUUUGUGCUAAAGUAUUUGGUCAUGCAAAAGUAUACUUUGGCCAUUUGAAGGAAAUACACGGAGUUGUUAUCAGUACCGAGCCAUCCACAAGUAAACAGCAGCUGCAAGAUGCUUUAAAGAAUAGAAACAUAAAUAUAAAAGGGUCAGAAGAAACAAAGAGGGGAAAUAUAUGCAGUUUUGAAGAUUUAUUUCAGAGUCAAGCAGAAGUCAAAUUUCAGAUCAAAUGUGGCAGAUGUCAGUUUGCUGCACAGUCUUUUGCUGAGAUGAAGUUGCAUUUGUUAUGUUUUCAUGGAGAGGAAAUCCAAGGAAAAAUCAAAAAGGGAAUUCUACAGGGAGGAAAGGUAGCUCAGGAAGAACUAGUCAGAGAUGCAGCUCAUUUCUGGAAGAAGCGCAAAGAGAGACAAAAACCAGCCAAACAUGUCAUUUGCAAGGAAGAGUAUUAUGCUUUUCCAAAACUGAAAAAGCAAAUAUAUCUCAAUCAAAAUAAUUUUGAUGUAUUAACUGAAAGCGAGGUUAUUCAGUCAAGUAACAAUGAACCAGGAAGGGAGUUGCAAAAUAUUGGCUGCGCCAUACAAAAUAAAAAAAUUCAAAUUUGGGGUCAACCUAGUCAUAACUGCAUUUUAUGCAAGCUGAUAUUUAGAAGAAAAGAAGAGCUUUUCAGUCAUUGGCAGAAUCAUCAUAAUUGUGAAGACCCUUCUAUUCUUUGGACUAUUUUUAAUUCAUUCUCCAAACAGGGAGUUAUUGAACUUUCUAAUAAUGCUGAGAAAUGAAGCAUUAGCAAAAUUCAGCUAGAAAAGUAUUCUCUUUUCCAAGUCUGGUUAGCAAUGUCACAAAAAUUUACAAUUCUCUCAUUCUAUUUGGUGAUCAUUUGCAAUGUUUUUACAUGCAGUUUAGGUUUGUUUACUGAAUAUAAAACUGUUAAUUCUCACUGCAGGCCUUUCAAGAUAUGUGUACGCACACACACGCACACGGAACUUUACAGAAACAAGUAGGCAGAAUGUUAGAGAUUGAAAUUAAAAGAAAAAAAGAGAGGAACUGAAAUUAUAUUAUGUUGUACACCAACAUUGAUGUGUUCCUUUUGUGAAGUAUACAAAUGGUCUUCUUGUAUUGUAUGACAAACCAGAUUAAAAAUACAGGUUGGACCUCCCUGGUCGGGCUCCUUUCUAGGCAGUGGUGUCCCCGGAGCCUGGGCUCCCUGCUCUGCUGCUGGCCCCAUGCUAGGGCUCCAGGGUCAGCCUCCUCAGGCUGGGAAUAUCCAGUCUGCAUGAGCCCCACUACUGCCAGGGUUCCCAGCUGGGACCAGGGAUUGUCCCCGGGUGCUGCUGGCCCAGCUGUCGAUGGGGUUCUGGCUAGGGCUGGGAAUUCCUCCUGGAUGAUGCUGGCCUCACUGCCGCUGGGAUUCCCUGCCAGGACUGGGGCUCCCUCCCAGUUCUCCCUGGGGCUGGAUUCCCCACGCACUGAAGGACCAGCCCUUGCUGGCGCAGCUAAGGCUCCCCAGCAUCUGCAGGAUUCCUAGCUGGCUUCUGCUCCUCUCUGGUCCCUGAGAGUCCCAGAUUUGGGAGUGUCAAAUUUUCAGUCUUAACAGUAUCUCCAGAUUUUAUGGAAACGUAUAUGUGCAUAGAGUUCUCUAGGUUAUUUUAAUGUACAUGUUAAGAUGUAAUGUGUGUGCUUUUUUAUGAUAAUAAGUGUGGAGCACAGUUGUAUGAUGGGAUAAUAGAAAACCACACAAAAAAAGUAUUCAUUAACUCCAAGGAGUUCCUAUGGAUUUCUUUAGAAGUUUACAUAACUUAAGCUUUCUUUACAAUCAGAAUGAUUUUGUUUUUUAAGAUAAACAUACUGCUAGUUCUUUGAUUCCUUCUGCACUAACAAUCAAGUUUAAAAGCCUAGUUUACCUAGUUUAAACUCUGUUGUGACCAAAUACAGUUUGGCCAGCCAAACAGGACACAAGCUAAGCAAUUCUGUGUAUGCUACUAUGAGCUAAAUCUUUGGUACAUCUAGACUCUUUUGGGGAUACAAGUGUAGAUCGCUUAGGCACUGAACUCUGUGUUGUCUAAAAAUGCUUGUAGGAGGUAAUAUGACACGUGGAAAAAUGAUGGUGCUCCUUUUAUCCCUUUGCUUGCUCCAUUUCACCUAUCUGUCAAUCUGUAUCUGUGGUAGUAAAGUUCUGGAAGAAUUAGCCUUAGAAAAUAUAAGGUAAGCAUAUAUUACAUUGCUAAAACUCUGAAAUGUCCAAGACUUUAGCUUGAUAAUGGAAAAUAGGAAGAUAGGGCCUAAAAAUUGGUGCAUUCUCAUAAUGGGAUCCUGGAAUAUCUUACAUAAUUUUUCGGUGUAUUCUGUAACAUCAGUAAAAAUGUGAUAAUCUGAUCAUUUUUAAAUGAAAUUCCUUAUCCUAUAAUGCUGUUUACUGUUUAAGUAGGAGAUUGGAGCCAAAUAAAAUAGAAAACAAAAAGGAAAAAUCUCACAGAAACUUCAGUUGUUUCAGGAAGGGGAAAAAAUAUGUGUAGAAUUCAACAACUUGCCUCCAAAUUACUAUUGAUUCAUGUGUUUGGUUGUUUCAUUACUUCAACUUUUAGCAAAAAGAUACUAUUUUAAUAUGCCAAACUAGUUCUGAAAUAUACUAUUUAUUUUAUAUUCUGCUGGCUUGUUUUGAUCUCUAAUGCUUGGAGAUAUAAAAGCUGUUCAUUUUCUGAUUCGAGCAUAUGUAUAUGGUCUCUCUCUGAGUAGCAUCUGCAGAACAUGUUGAAAGGGAUCGUUUUAAAGUUGUGUGUUUCUUUUUAAACAAGGAGUAUGUUUCAUUUAGUAUAGCAUAUUUAUACUAACAAGUAUUCUGUCCUGAGUUACGUUUUCACUGAAUAUAGUUCAUUAUUACAUACAGAUACAUACUUUGGUUUGAUUUUGGUUUAAAUUUGUAUUCAAUAUGAUGAUAUUUGGAAGCAACAUGUGGAAACCUAUUUACAGCAGCAUUUAAUAGAGCAUAUUUAUGGCCAAACAAUUGAUUGUCAUGAAUACAGUUUGCUGUUUACCUCAAAUUUGGACAUGCUAACAUCUCAUUUUGUAGAUUUUUAAAAUUUGUACAUUUUUAAAAUUGUUGAAAUGAACAUCAUUUAUGUAGCUGUAAUUUUGGUACUUUGGGGGAGGAGGGUUCCUUUCUAAAACUCUUUCCACCUCAUGGUUCAACUUUAAAGAUGUUCCUCAAAUGGAAGAUUGUUCCUUCAUCAGCACAACAUAAAUAAUCAAAGCUGGAUGAGUUCCAUUGCCUUAUCUGAUUUGCAAACCCUUGCCCUUUUCCAGCCGCUCUACUAUAGUUUCCUAUGGGCUGCUUGACAUGGUUGCUGACAAUAAAUGCUAAACCUCAUUUAUUUAUUAGAAUUUAGAUCUCUGCUGUUUAGCUCCAGCAGAGCUUCUGCUGUGACUUGUUAGAUGCUUAUUUUAUCUACCAUUCAUUGCACUUUUUGAGCAAAGUGUCAUAAGAAGGAUGAGCAGGAAUUUAGAAGAGCAGAUUUAAGCUCUAACUUUGUGCAUUUGGUGCUGAUGUUUGAGAAUCACCAGCUUAUUUAGGCAUAACUGUGUAGUUUAUUAUAUUUCUAGAAGACAUCCACCUAAAUCAAUUUGUUUUGGAAGGACAUUUGUAAUUCUAAAUUAACUAAUGUUGAAUUUGCCAUUAUCAAACCUGUAAAACUUUGGUUUGUGUUUAUCAUGCAUAAAGAUUAAAAUGCAAUAACAAUGUUUACUUGUCAAGUUCAUCCUGGAAUACCUGCUUUAAAAAAAAAUCAAGGCUCAACCCUUUUUUCUGUUAAGGUUCAUCUAGCAGCCAUCUCUGUCUAUUCCCUUAUUCAGGGCAAAUCAGUGUUUCUGCAUGAGAUGUCAGCUCAGUUGCUGAAAAACUUUGAAAGGCACUUUACUCCCAUCAAGGAUUCCAUCCCUCAAUGGAA